UUUACAUGCUAAUGUACAAAUCAGGUAUUCAUCGAUACCAUACAUUUGAGGCAGAGUAAUUUUGGUAUUUGUCAAUAUUGUUAGUGACUUUGAUACUCAUACGUCAUGGAACAUCUUGUUUAGAUCUGUUUCCCCAGUUUAAAUAGUGGCCAUGUAAAGCACAUUAGUUAGCUUGGAUCGAAUAGUGUUGUAGUGGAGACCGAGGGGUUUUGUUUCAGUUCAGAAAAACGCUACUGUACAGCUGUAAGUAAAGUAUGUUUUUGUCUUCAUUGCAUUGGAAUCCAGCACUGUAAAUGACUGAUAGCGGCUGAUUGCCAAGAACAACGUACUGCGUAAGAGCUGUUAUUUUCACUCACCUAGUUUUGAACUAGCCAGCAUUUGCUGCUAGAGAUGAACACCUAAUGUUGAGUUUAAUUUUUAAGUUUUUUUUGUUUGUUUGUUUGUUUUUUGUUGUUUUUUUUUUUUAAUCAAGUUACUUGUAUUGUAGGAAGGUACUGCAGAUAUAAUCUUGCUCAGGGACUUGGUGUAUCUGGAGCGUAUCCUGGGAGCACUGGGUGUGAGGUGGAAGUACAUUCUGAAUGGUGUACCCACACCAAGUCCGGAGAUCCUGCGUCACACACUCAACAUGCUGGUUCGAGAGCGGAAGAUCUACCCCACACCUGAGGGCUACUUCAUCGUCACACCUCAAACUUACUUCAUCACUCCUUCCCUCAUUCGCACCAACAGCAAAUGGUACCACCUGGAUGAUCGGCAGCAACAACAACAACAACAACAGCAGCAGCAGCAGCAGCAGCAGCAACAACAACAACAGCAACAACAGCAACAACAACAACAGCAGCAACAACAACAGCAGCAACAACAACAGCAGCAACAGCAGUGUACAUCACCACAGUCUGGCACAAUCACCCCUUCCACAUCGGGCUGUGUGCGUGAAAGACUAAACCACAAAAACCACUGCGAUUCUUACAACUCCUACCGUGACGAGGUGCCUAGCAAUCACACCACACUUCAAAGGAAGUCACCGAAAGAACCUAAAGGAGAUCCUCCCUCAUACCCACAGCCCCCUCCUCCUCCGGCAACCACACAACACCCAUCAGAUCCAGACAAGAGCAGGACCAAUCCUUCCUUUACAUAUAAGACGGACACUUUGACCAAGAAGAAGGAAGGGAGUACUGGGGGCAGCAGCGAAAGGCAAUCAAAAAAGUUUGGGUUGAAGCUUUUCCGCCUGAGCUUCAGGAAAGACAAAACAAAGCAGCUGGCAACCUUUUCUGCACAGUUCCCACCAGCGGAAUGGCCUCUGAGGGAUGAGGACACACCAUCUUCUGUUUCCAUCCCCCGUGAGGUGGAGAUGGAGAUUAUCCGGCGCAUCAAUCCAGACCUGACGGUGGAAAAUGUGGCACGCCAUACUGCGGUGAUGAAGCGUCUAGAGGAGGAACGUGCCCAGCGCUGUAAGGCGAAUUCAUCCGCUCAGCACAGUGCCCGAAGCCGUCGCAGCAGAGGGCACCGUCGUGUCCCACAUGGAAAAUCACGCUCUCACAGUAAGACUCGUGCCUCUCGUGGAGAUCCAUCUGAGGGCUCCAAUCUUGACCUGGCAGCGGUUGGAUUGGAUAGGGAUUACAGAUUCUUUAGUCAGUCACUGGUGCGCUCGCCCAGGGAGGGAAUGUAUACAGUAGAGCGUAGGAGUGGCGCUGCCUACCUCGUCCACAGCAACCCUAACAUUGCUGAAUCGUAUUUCCCAGUUACCCCUGAAUGGGAUGUAUCAGGGGAACUAGCAAAGAGGCGGACAGAAAUGCCAUUCCCAGAGCCUUCACGUGGGACUUCCCAUUCCAGAGUGCAUCGGAGUCACAGCCACACACAGGACCGCAAAUCUCGGAAUGAACGGACAGAUAAAGCCAAGGAAAGAUCGCGAUCCAUGGACAACUCCAAAGGUCCACUGGGAGGUGGAAGCUCCCUGUUAGGCCCUCCUGAAGACUACGAUCGUAGUCCGGACCACCGAAGCCGCUACUACACCGAUGAUGGGACGCUAAGGGCCUCAUCACAAAAAUCGUCACACUAUUCGCGCAUUAUGUUUUCGGCUGCUAAGUUCAGCUCCGAGAUAUCUGUUCCUGAUAUGGGCAAGAUGAGCCUGGACACUCCUUUGGAGCGAAACAAGAGCAGGGACAGCCUGCCAGCCUACAGCGACAUGAAGGCCCUGUCGCCCAAGCCUCUGGCAGAUGACUACUUCCAGUGCAAUACGUCGAAUGAAACAAUCCUAACAGCCCCGUUACCACUGGGCAAAUCUGACCAUGACACUUUAACGCCAUCAGAUGGAAUCUGCAAGGGGUCGCCAGCUGAUCGGCAGACGUCGCACCUCACUUCCCCUCAUCCAAUGGAGUACAAAGAGGAUCCCUCCACCUCCAAGGGACACAAUGGAUCUGGUAAACCCACGCCAAGCCAGACUCCGGAGCCCAAUUCUAGUGGACGUUUAAUACAACAUCAGCAACACAAUGCUGACCCUGGGGGAGGAGGUGGAGGUGGCAGUGGUGUGAUGGUGGAUAAGAGGAAAGAGAUUUUCAGCAAGGACACUUUGUUCAAACCGCCACACAGCAUAUUGACAAUGAGCUACGUUGACACUGGCUACUCCAAGUCAGGCACGUUGCGAAAGACGCCGCACAUGAAAUCAUCUGAGGUGCUUGAUACUCUAGAACCCCAGCCUCCGCCUAACUCUGGCCCUUCAUCUGCAUCUGCCCCAGCGCCUACAGGUCCGGAACAGGGAAUCCCGUCUACAUCAGAGGCCGCCUUUGACUACUACAACGUGUCGGAUGAUGACGACGACGAGGAGGUGGAGGAAGCCUCUCAUAAAGAGACGGCUCCACCAGAGGGAAAGGUUAGGACCGGGGGAGGAGAGAGUGGUGGUGGGGGUGGAGUCAGUGUUGGGGGUGGGGUUGGGGGCGGGACUAUGCAGUGGCUGCUGGAACGAGAGAAGGAGCGCGAUCUACAGAGGAAGUUUGAGAAUAACCUGACUCUGCUGAGCCCCAAGGAGAACGAGAACACCAACAGCCAGAAGUCGGCGCACUCAGCACGUCUGGACAGUAUGGACAGCAGCAGUGUGACCGUAGACAGUGGAUUCAACUCACCACGGACGCGGGAAAGUUUGGCGUCCAACACCUCGAGUAUCGUGGAGAGUAACCGGCGCCAGAAUCCGGCGCUGAGUCCGGGUCACAUGGGCAGCUCCCUGAUCGGCGCUCCGUUCUCCUUCCGCUCCGUGGCCGAGGCUCCCAGCACGCAGGCCGAGAAACUGCAGAAACCCAACAACUGCCUCGCCUCCAUCACCAGCGUCUGACCCGACUUGAGGAGAAACACGCAAAAAAACACGUAAAAGCUCGGGCCGAGAAUAAACACAAAACAAAAACACGUAAAAACAAACAAACACUCGGGCCGUGACAAGCACCUCAAACCUCCACGGGGACUGUUAAACCCAACAGGUAUGGCUUCCACUGACUGUUCUACAGCAUCGCAACAAAUCACUGCAAAAAAGAAGAAAAAAAAGGAGAAAAAAAUAGUCAAAAUGGAAAUGAAUCAUGAUUUAUCUCAAUCAGGAAAUUCUCCAGUUAUUUUCAUAACCCGGGAUAGUCUUGAAGUAUCUGGUCAUGUUUUAUUUUUUUGUUUCGUUUUUUUGUUUGUUUUUUUUUCCAGUAAUAAUUGUUGUUUUUUUUUUUCUCAUCCUGUUGAUGGAUUGCACUCUGACACGAGGAUCCCGACAGUUUUAAAGAGAUCAAAAAUCGAAAUGUCACACGGAAGAAAGCCGCUAUGAGAUCUCAAGCAUUAAAUUUCACGAUUCAUAAUGUUGUAUGAUAAAAAAAAAAACCCAGAGAAAUAAAGUCAUUCUUCAUGACGGCGUUAGCUCUGUUGAUAAAGUAAUAAGAACUGGAGUCAUACUUUUCAUAUUGCUUAUUAAAAAAAAAGAAAAAGAAAUAGUACUUAGAUUGACUUACUAUAAAAGAAAAACAAUCUUAUUCUGAAAUUAAAGGAUUCAUUUAGGGUUUUUAAAAAAACAACACGAGGACUGUUGACUUUUUUUUUCUUUUCUUUUUUUCUUUUUUCUUUUUUUCCUUUUUCAGUUGAAAUCCCAGACGAGGCAAAGUGUGUAACGUGUGUGACUGUACAUCACUUAACGAAUUUACCUGUUUCAUUAAAGUUUCUAUCUGACAUUUAAUCUCAGGUCAUGAAGAGUUACUCUAUUACGGGGAGGAACAAAUACAUUUGGAGUCACGUGUGUUCAGGAGCCGGUUCUCCAUCCCUUAUUUAUUUAUUUAUUUAUUUAUUUAUUUAUUUAUUUAUUUACAGCCCACAUGCAUUUUCAUUUCAGCUCUGUGUUAUGAAACGGUGAAUCAGAUUCCUGCACUUAUGAUGUAUGACGUCCAUUGUGCUUUUUUGAAGCUGUGUGUGUGUGUGUGUGUGUGUGUGUGUGCCGGAAAGUCGGCUUCGCGUCCUAAAACGAUUUGAUUCCUCGAUUACGGGACGCAGAGACUUCACCCUGUCGUCGCUCUAAUACGAUUUUGAUUUAUUCUCACGUUUUAUUUCACUGACACUCCGCCGAGCUCCUUCGCUCUCUGUGUUUAUCGUGUUUUUGCACUAGAGGUCACUUUUUGUCUCAUUGGAAGCCUGAAACGUAAAGCUAUGGUGUUAAA